AGACCAAAAAAUGUCCGGAGGUCUUGGAUUCGCGAUUGAUCGUGGUGGCACAUUCACCGACGUCAUAGUGUUCAAGCCGAAUAGUGAGGUAGAGGUGCUGAAAGUGUUGUCAGUGGAUCCUGCCAACUAUACGGAUGCCCCAACAGAAGCCAUCAGGCAGGUGCUGGAACGAGAAGGCGGGAAGAAGAUUCCACGUGGCGUUGCGCUGCCGACAGAUUCCAUCUCAUGGAUCCGUAUGGGUACCACUGUUGCAACCAAUGCUCUACUCGAGCGAAAAGGUGAAAGAAUCGGGCUUCUCAUUACAAAAGGCUUCAAAGAUUUAUUAUUCAUCGGGAAUCAAGCGCGCCCGAAAAUCUUUGAUUUCAAUAUCCAAAUCCCUGAAGUUCUAUACGAAGAUGUCGUUGAAGUAGACGAACGUGUGCUCAUUUUGGAGCAAACUAAGGAGUUAUUGGAUGAAAAUGCACAAAUCGAGACGACGAUCAAUGGAUUGCAGAUUGUUGUGGAGAAGAAGGUCGACGAGUUGGAGCUGAAGGAGAAGCUCGGCGAGUUGAAGGAAAAGGGAGUGAAAAGUGUGGCAAUUUUGUUUUUGCAUAGUUUUAUCUAUCCCAACCACGAGAAGGAGGCAGGCGAUAUUGCUAAGAAGUUUGGUUUUGACUACGUCUCACUUUCUCAUCAAGUAAUGCCGAUGAUAAAAGUGGUGCCACGUGGAUUCACAGUCUGUGCAGAUGCUUAUCUUACACCGAAGAUUAUGGAGUAUCUAGAUGGUUUUAAAGCAGGGUUUUCGGAUAUUUCAAGUGUUCGCGUCAACUUUAUGCAAUCAGAUGGAGGACUUUGUGAAAUGGAUAAGUUCCGUGGCUCUCGUGCGAUUCUCAGUGGCCCUGCCGGUGGAGUCGUCGGUAUUGCGAGCACGGCGUACAAGGCAUCCGAUAAGAAGCCUGUUAUCGGAUUCGACAUGGGCGGCACCUCAACCGACGUGUGUAGAUACUCUGGAUACUUGGAGCAUGUCAUGGAGACUACCACAGCUGGCAUCACAAUUCAGGCGCCACAACUCGACAUUCGUACGGUGGCCGCUGGUGGAGGUUCUAGGCUUUUCUUCCGCGAUGGCCUAUUGAUUGUGGGCCCCGAGUCGGCGAGUGCUCAUCCAGGACCGGUUUGUUAUCGGAAGAAUGGGUACCUGACAGUGACGGAUGCCAACUUGGUGCUCGGGAGGAUCAUUCCAGAAUAUUUUCCGAAGAUUUUCGGGCCCAACGCUGACGAGGAACUAGAUAAGGAUGCAUCUUACAAAGCGAUGGCAGAAAUAACGGAGAGAAUCAAUAGGUUCAUGGAGAGUACCACGCAUCAGAAGUUCUCAGUGGAGGAGGUUGCCCUCGGCUUCCUCGCUGUGGCCAAUGAGGAAAUGUGCCGCCCAAUCCGUACUCUAACCCAAUCCCGUGGCUUCAACCCAUCUGAGCAUGUGCUCGCAUGUUUCGGUGGAGCCGGUGGACAACACGCGUGUGCCGUCGCGAAAGUUCUGGGGAUCAGCCAAGUUCGGAUUCAUAAGUACGCCUCGUUGCUUUCAGCUUAUGGAAUUGCGCUGGCGGAUGUGGUAGAUGAGAGUCAGACCCCGGCGCAGGUGGUUUAUGAGGAAGAAAACUUCCCAAAACUCUACUCCCAAUUCAUGGAUCUCCGCUCAAAAUCCCUGGCCGGACUUAAAACCCAAGGUUUCACAGAAUCGCAAAUCGAAACCAAAUACUUUAUGCACAUGAGAUACGAGAAAACCGACACGGCUAUCAUGAUUAGCUGUGAUAUCGGAAAAUCCGAAGAUCUUGCGAGUUUUAGAGACGAAUUCCGAACGACUUACCGCAGGGAGUUCGGAUUUGUGCUCGAGGACCGUAAUAUUAUCAUCGAUGACGUCAGAAUUCGCACACGUGGAAAAUCGGGGUGCCACGUGGAGAAGACCAUCAAGCAGGCGGCUGAAGAUCAGAGACAAGCGGUUCUGAAGUCUGUGUCAUCGGUUUACUUUGAAAAUUUGAAGUUUGUGGAGACGGGGGUCUACUUGCUGGAGGAAAUGCUUGCCGGGCAGAUUAUCAAUGGUCCAGCUUUGCUUAUCGAUAAGAAUAGUACUAUAGUGAUAGAGCCGUCAAGUACGGUAACGAUUACCGAGCACGGAAAUGUAGAACUUCAGAUUGGAAAUGAUGUGGAGAAGGAUUUGACAACGGAGGUAGACCCCAUCCGAUUGGCGAUUUUCAGCAACCGCUUCAUGUCGAUCGCUGAACAAAUGGGACGGAUUCUUCAGAGAACCGCAAUUUCCACAAACAUCAAGGAACGCCUCGACUUCUCGUGUGCCCUGUUCAAUCCGGAAGGUGGCCUCAUCGCAAACGCUCCACACAUUCCAGUCCAUCUCGGCGGGAUGCAGUAUACUGUGAAAUUUCAAAUCGAUCAUCGCGGAAUCGAGAAUAUCAAGGAAGGAGAUGUCUACUUGGCUAAUCAUCCGACAGCCGGUGGAUGUCAUCUACCGGAUUUUACAGUUAUCACGCCGGUCUUCUUUAAGGGACACAAGACUCCUGUCUUUUUCGUGGCGAAUCGAGGCCAUCAUGCGGAUAUUGGGGGUCUGGUGCCGGGGAGCAUGCCACCAAAUGCACAUCAUAUAGAUCAGGAAGGAGCUUCAUUCAUCUCCUUCAAACUAGUGGAUGAAGGAGUUUUCCAAGAGCAGCGCCUAAUCGAUGCUCUUAAAGCCCCUGGAAAAGUGCCCGGAUGCUCGGCGGCCAGAAAUAUCAGUGACAAUAUUGCCGACUUGAAUGCACAGAUCGCUGCCAAUCGGAAGGGAAUCCAACUAGUUACAAGUCUCAUCGAGGAAUACUCCCUUGACGUUGUGCACGCGUACAUGCAACAUAUCCAAAACACUGCUGAGCUUUGUGUCAGGGAAAUGCUCAAAAAAGUUGGACGGAAGGUUCUGGAGAAAACCGGCAAAAGUCAGCUAUCUGGGGAAGACUUUAUGGAUGAUGGAACAGUGAUCAAGCUGACUGUAGAUAUCGAUUCAGAGGAGGGUACUGCGAUUUUCGACUUCACGGGUACUGGUCCAGAGUCGUAUAGCUCUUGUAAUGCUCCGAGAGCAGUCACCAUGUCGGCGGUCACUUAUUGUUUGAGAUGUCUUGUCGAGAAGGAUAUCCCGCUGAAUAACGGAUGCUUGGCGCCGAUUCAGAUAAAGAUCCCCGAGGGAACACUGCUGUCGCCGUCGGAAACUGCCCCGGUUGUAGCUGGAAAUGUGCUGACUAGCCAGAGACUUUGUGAUGUCAUUUUUAAGACAUUUGACAUUGUCGCCGCCAGUCAAGGAUGCAUGAACAACUUGGUGUUCGGCGACGAGACUUGCGGUUACUACGAGACGAUUGCCGGCGGUGCCGGCGCCGGCAACGGGUUCCACGGACGAAGUGGAGUGCAUACGCACAUGACGAACACAAGAAUCACGGAUCCUGAGAUUUUGGAGAACAGGUUCCCGGUGAUACUUCGGGAAUGGAAAUUGAGAGAUGGAUCCGGUGGAAGUGGAAAAUGGGAGGGCGGUGAUGGAGUUGUGAGGCAGUUGGAGUUUACGAGAAAGCUCACAUUGAGUCUGCUGACUGAGAGACGCGCAUUCCAACCGUAUGGGCUUCACGGCGGUCAGCCCGGACAACGAGGUCUGAAUUUGCUGAAACGAGGUGGAAGAGCUGUAAAUAUUGGGUCGAAAGCGAGUUUUGAAAUUCAAAAAGGGGAUAUUUUAUGCAUCGAAACUCCGGGUGGCGGUGGUUACGGAGCUCCUGAGAACUCAUAAUUAUUGAUUUUUUAUACAAUUUUCUUUUUUUUUUUUGUAAAAAAUUUAAAUUUAAAUAAACGUUAAAAUCUAAGUA